UAACAUAUAUUAACAACGCAACAAACUCCGUCUCUGAAAACUUCCCCCAGCGCAGGCCUUCUUCGAAAAUUCAGAGAGCUGCAAUGGCCAUGGACGAUAUCCGCCGUUCCGGCGUCUCCGAUUACAGCGACGAACUUCUUCCCGGCGACGAUGACGCUCCGCCGCCGUCGUCAUGGCGUCUCAGACUCGAUACAUUUCGCCUCCCUUCCUCUCCCUUGCCCAACGAUCGUCGUACUCGACUCUCCCGCCUUCUUCAUACGACUCCGAGACAGGAACGUAAAGUUUCCGAGUAUUACAAGAAGCAAGAAAGGCUCCUCGAGGGUUUCAACGAGAUGGAGACGAUCAACGAAACUGGUUCUUUAUCUGGAACUCCAACCGAGGAAGAAAUAAAGAAGCUUGCAAAGAGUGAGAGGCUGGCAGUUCACAUCUCAAACGCGGCUAACCUUGUGCUUUUCACGGCAAAGGUUUAUGCUUCUGUCGAGAGUAGAUCUAUGGCUGUGAUUGCUUCAACUUUGGACUCUCUAUUGGAUCUCUUAUCAGGGUUUAUUCUGUGGUUUACCGCAAACGCCAUGAGAAAACCGAACCAUUAUCACUACCCAAUUGGGAAAAGACGAAUGCAACCUGUGGGCAUUGUUGUGUUUGCAUCUGUGAUGGCAACUCUUGGCCUGCAGAUAUUGCUCGAGUCAGCAAGACAACUUGUCUCUAAGAGCGGUCCUCAAAUGAGUAGCACCGAGGAAAAAUGGAUGAUCGGGAUUAUGGUUUCCGUAACAGUAGUGAAAUUCUUGCUCAUGACCUAUUGCCGGGGAUUCCAGAACGAAAUCGUCAGGGCCUAUGCACAGGAUCACCUUUUCGAUGUGGUCACCAAUUCAGUCGGUCUGGCAACAGCCGUCUUGGCCGUGAAAUUCUACUGGUGGAUCGAUCCCAUCGGUGCCAUUUUAAUUGCGUUGUACACGAUCGGGACAUGGGCAAGAACGGUAUUAGAAAACGUCCACUCGCUGAUCGGACGGUCAGCGCCGCCGGAUUUCCUGACAAAACUAACGUUUCUGAUAUGGAACCACCACGAACAGAUCAGACACAUCGACACUGUAAGAGCCUACACCUUCGGAUCACACUACUUUGUGGAAGUGGACAUUGUCUUGCCCGAAGACAUGAGACUUAACGAGGCACAUAACAUCGGAGAGACCCUACAGGAGAAGCUCGAACACCUUCCCGAGGUCGAACGUGCCUUUGUCCACAUCGACUUCGAGUUCACUCAUCGGCCCGAACACAAUUCUAAGGUUUAGUUAGACACUUUUGUUAUCUUUCUCUUGUGCUUCUUUGGUUUCUGUUUGGUUUCUUCUAUAUGUAGAAUAAUGCACCCCUCUUCGAUGUCCAUAUUAAUAAAAUAUAUUGAAUUUGGGCCUAAUCUCACGGCCCAAAGAUGUA